CCAAUAUCUUUAGUUCGAUAUUCAAUUAUGAAAAUUAUAGUAGUCAGUGUUCUGUUGGUGGUUUCCCUGGUGGGAAAACACCAGAUCGGUGCAAAGAGUGUGCUGAAUAGUACCUUGGGCAACGAAAUCGGUGAAGAUUCCUCCACUUUGGGCGAUCAGUUGGGACAAGAGAUCAUUCAGUUUGGUCAAGCGGGCGCCCAAAGCAUCUUGAAUUAUGGAGAGGCAGCGGCAAAUGCCUCAUCCGGCUGGCAGCUCGGAAUGGAUGGCAAUAUUCUUGGUCACGAACUGGGAGAAGAGGGCACUUUACUAGGACAUGAGGCGGCCAACAGUGCCAUCAACUUUGGAAACCAAGUCGCCCAGGAGGCGGCAGCUGCAGCCAGUGCAGGACGCAAAACGCAAUCUGCCAGCCAAGCAACUAAAACCUCUGCCUCCAAGAGAGAAGUCGUCUCUGGCUCUGAAAGUCCUGCGUAUACCUGUGCUUGCACCUGCUACGAUGAUGGAGCUGCUGACAAGGCCGCAGAAAAGGCGGCUGAGUCUGCCGCAAAUGCCGCACAUGAUGUGGCCGGCGCUGCUGGAAGUGUGGCCUCGAGUGUGGCUGGUGCCGCUGGAACUGUUGCCCACGACGCUGCCGGUGCGGCCUCGAGUGUGGCUGGAAGUGCAGCGAAUGCCGCUGGAAGUGUGGCAAGUGCGGCGGGCAGCGUAGCUGCAAGUGCAGCAAACGCCGCUGGAACUAUUGCUCACGAUGCUGCCGGUGCGGCCUCGAGUGUGGCAAAUGCCGCUGGAAAUGUUGCUGGAAGUGCAGCAAAUGCUGCUGGAACUAUUGCUCACGAUGCUGCCGGUGCGGCCUCGAGUGUGGCAAAUGCAGCUGGAAAUGUCGCUGGAAGUGCAGCAAAUGCUGCUGGAAAUAUAGCUGGAAGUGCAGCAAACGCCGCUGGAACUAUUGCUCACGAUGCUGCCGGUGCGGCCUCGAGUGUGGCAAAUGCCGCUGGAAGUGCAGCAAAUGCUGCUGGAACUGCUGCCGGAGACGCUGCAAAUGCAGCUGGAAAUGUUGCCGGAGAUGUUGCAAAUGCAGCUGGAGACGUUGCUAGCGCCGCUGGAACUGUUGCCGGAGACGCUGCAAAUGCAGCUGGAAAUGUUGGCGGUGAUGUUGCAAAUGCAGCCGGAAAUGUUGCCGGAGAUGUCGCUAAUGCGGCUGGAAAUAUUGCACAUGACGCCGGAAAUGUAGCUGGAGACGUUGCAAAUGCAGCUGGAAAUGUUGCCGGUGAUGUUGCAAAUGCAGCUGGAAAUGUGGCUGGAGAUGUUGCAAAUGCCGCUGGCGAUAUUGCACAUGAUGCAGGCAGCAUUUUCCACUCGAUAUUUUAGAGUAACCCUCUGUAAUUUUACUCAUUUAACCCAAUAAAUGAACGAGCAAUUAACAA